UCAGAAUUUGACCCAUUUUCAAGAAAUGUUAUUAUUCCACGAAUAGGAGGUGUUUUGAGUGUUAUUGUGAUUGGUUGAUCUAACGGCAUAUUAGGACGAAAAAUCUAAACUGAAAUUAAUUCUUGUGUAAAAGUUCCGUGAGCGUAUGUGUGCAUCAACAACGAAACAUUCUAUUCAUCGCAUUUUUAAAAGAGAUAUAUACGAAGAUUUGGCAAUAUGGAUCAAGAAAUAAAUACGGGAUCUGGGAAUCCAAUACAACAAGUAUUGCAGGAAAAUACGACUAAUCAAGGAACCCAUGUGACAAACAUACUUCAGUCGUCUCAACAUCAGGAAACCCCGAAAGAAUUAGCCCAACCGAAUGUUCCUGGAAAUAGUAAACGGCCAAAAGUUCCUGACUCUCGAAUUAAGAAGCGUCGAAAAUACAAAUUUUGCGGUUACUCGGAAAGGCACUUUAGACGUAUCAUUAGUAAUAAAAAGAAAGGAAAUUGUCAAUUUCUUCAAAAUACCGGGGAGAUAAAUGAUAAUUCCAUCAAACCAUCAGUUUCAAUAAACCCUUCUUCAUCAAAUGUUGAAGAUAUAUGUAAUUCUAACAAGGGAACGCCAACUACACCAUUCAUUUCCAGUUCAUUAAGUAAAUGUGCCACAGACGCUUUUAGUACUCCUGAAUCUGACGACGAUGAGCAAUUUCCUUUUAUUAAAUCAGACGCGAUAAAGACUGCAGACAAUAAAAAAGUUUUUAAUUUCGAUAAAAAUUUUAGCAAAGAAACAGUAGGUGAACCACUGACUUCUAAUAGAUUAAAUAAAACGGCAACCAGUACUUUUAAUACUACCGAAUCAGAUGAGUAUGAGCAAUAUUCUUUUAAAACAGAAACAAUUAAUUUCGAGGACAAUAAGGAAUUUUGUAAUUUCGAUGAAAUCUCUGACUCCUCUUCAGUAGAUUUAACUGAUUUUGAAAAUCAGAAAGAUUCAUCAGAUGGCGAAGUUCUCGAAGAGAAUAUUUCUGACAAUGCAUCAAAUGAAACCGGGAACGCAGAAAUUUUCGACGAGGAAAGUAAAAAAAAAACGAGUUUUAUCAGCAUGUUACGUGAUUGGGCUCUGACGUACAAAAUCACAUUAGUAGCUCUGACGGCAUUAAUGUUGAUUUUGAGAAACUACACUGAACAUACGCACUUACCUCUCGAUGCAAGAACUUUAUUAAAAACUGAAAGAUAUACAGAAACAUGUCAAAUUAGUUGUGGUGAAUAUCUCCAUUUUGGAUUGGAAAGGGCCGUGCGAUCAAUUGUUCGAGAAUAUAAAAGAAAAGGAAUAACCUUGAAACACGUUAGAUUAGGUAUAAAUGUUGACGGUUUACCCAUUUAUAAAUCAAGCAACGAAGGACUCUGGCUUAUUUUAUGUUCAGAGAUAAAUUCCAAGCAAGUUUAUACUGUUGGGGCUUUUUUUGGAAGGGGUAAACCGAAAGAAGCAAAUGAAUUCCUAAAACAAUUCGUCGACGAGGGUAUUAAAGUCAUAAACGAUGGACUUAAAGAUGAAAACGUUCGUGUAACAAUUGAAUUUUUAAGCUGCGAUACUCCAGCAAAAGCUUUUGUUCUGUAUUUGAAAGGUCACACAGGUUAUGAUAGUUGCACCAAGUGUGAUAUAGAAGGUGUCUAUGCUCAAGAUGAGUCGGAAGAGCAAAGGAAAAAGCCGAAAGGAAAAAAGAAGGGUAACGUCAGUUUUCCCGGGACUGGUCCUUUUAAAUUGAAGACUGAUGAAGACGAAAUUGAAUCAGAUGUUUAUCCAAUUUUUGCUGACCUUCCAGGAUUUGGAUUUAUAUCUUCGGUCCCCUUGGACUACAUGCAUUUGAUUCUUCUAGGUGUCAUGAAACGUCUGAUAACUCUUUGGAUAAAAGGACCGGCUAAAGUGAGGAUAUCAAUGAAUCAAGUAGAUAAUAUUUCGAAAAUGUUAUUGAAGUUACGUCACAGCUGCCCUGUGGAAUUUGCAAGACGUCCUAGGGGACUUUCAGACUAUGUACACUGGAAGGCCACUGAAUUUAGAACCUUUCUCCUGUACACGGGUCCUAUUGUUCUAAAAAAAGUUUUGAAAUCUGAUGUAUAUGCACAUUUUUUACUGUUUCAUAGUGCAGUUACAAUAUUAGUUAACGAAAAUCAUAUUCGUGACGCUACAAAUAUUGAUUAUGCACAUGAUCUCCUCACCCAAUUCGUUGCAGAAUUUCCAAACGUUUAUGGCAAGAGAUACGUAAGUCAAAAUGUGCACAAUUUAUUGCACAUUUGUGAAUGUGUAAAACGGUUCGGUUCCUUGGAUAAAUUCAGCGCUUUUAGGUUUGAAAAUUAUAUGUUGACAAUUAAAAACAUGGUCCGAAAGGGAGAAAAACCUCUGCAACAAUUGUCAAGAAGAAUUGGCGAAAAGGAAAAAGCCGACGAGGGAAAAGUAACAACUGAUUUUCCGUAUAAUACAUCAAGAAUAAACCUACAAAAACAGCACCACGAUGGACCACUCAUCAGGGAAACACCUUCUAAUGUAGAACAAUUUAAAAUAAUGAAAAAUGAAGCUUUUACUAUUAAUUGCAAUGAAUCGAAAAAUGCUUGCGUUUUAUUGAAGGAUAGAAGUUUCUUCGUAGUAGAAAAUAUUGUAAAGCUGAAAACUGGAAAAAUUUGCAUGAUUGGAAUUAAAUAUUUAGCAGUUGAUAAAUUAUACGACAAUCCUGAUUCAAAUCAAUUUAAUAUGAAUAUCGCAAAAAGUGUCAAUUCAGAAAAGCAAUUAAUCGAAAUGGAAGAUAUUCACACAAAAGUCUGGAAAGUACCGUGUGCGAGAGGCAUAAUGACCAUGCCUUUGGCGCAUAAUCCUUAAAUGAAAAUCACAGAAAAUCGAGGUUUUUCAAGACAUUCCCAAUUGCAGUUAACAUUUUCAAAAUAAAUUUAGAUUUAAAAAUUCGGACUUGAAUUUAAUUUGAUGACAAACACUUAUGCAAAAGUGACAAGCGGAAAGGACUGGAUGUCAGAAAUAGUAUCGAGCAUCGCUUGUAAAGAAGAACUCGCCGAAGGGAUGCACAGUGAUUUUAAGAAACAUCUAAUGGAUGACGAAAAGAGACAUGAGUUUGAAACCUUGUUGAAAAAAUUGUUGGAUUGUGUCGUUUUUGGAAGCCGAUUCACGUAUUAUAUUUGAGAUGGAUUGACGUUACGAAACGCUUUUUUAAACGUUAUAGACAGUUGCAUAAUGCUAGUCAAAAAUACGUCGAUUUUCGGGCAUUAUUUGUCCAGGAAAGUGAUUUUUUUUAAAACUCGAGAAGAGACUGAAAAAAUCAACCAAAAACACUGAGGGAUUUGAAGAAUUAUAUUCAAAAUUAUCCGGAUUCUUUUUGACAGUGAUUUAAUGACGCGCACUAUUCAAAGUGAUGUUGAGUAUUUAACAAGCAUCAGGAGUAGUUAAAAUAAACAGACCGGCGAAUGCACCAAGCAAUUGGAAAGAUCAGUGAAACAAGCACAACAAUCAAAAGAGAUCUUAUUCAAUACAUACUGGUCGCCUUGACUGCGGUCUGACAUCUGAAAAUUCACCUCACGACUACUAAGUAUUUUAAUUUUUAUUCAAGUUUUUAGGAUUGAUACAAGUCAAUAAUUAAAAAAAUGUUAAUCUAAUGCGAGGGUCAUAGAUUGUCACCUAUUCAUUUAUUUUCAUCUUUUUCAAUAAUUUGCCACAUAUUUCAUCUAUUUUGUUAAAUUCCUCCCUUGUUCACCUGUUUCGUGAAUUUUUAUUUGUUUUUACAUUUUUGAAGUCUAAAUUUCAAUCUGUCAAAAUUAAAAUUAAUAAAAAUUCAAUUUCAAGCCACUAUCAAUUUUAAAUUAAAUGAUUACAAAUUCUAAAGAAUUAAAAGAGCAAUAUUAUUCCACAUGACAUUUAAUUUAAAACUCAAUUAUUUACCAAAUUUUAAUCACUUUAAAUUCAUUUAUUCCACAAUACAAUCAAUUGAAUAAUCCAAUUAUUCCAAAUUUUAACCCACUAAGUAAUUAAUUCUAAUUUUAUUCAAUAUAAAUUAUAUAUUUUUAUAGAAAACAAUUAAAUUUUAGAAGAUUCGAACUUUAAAUUUUUCUUCAUUAGAAUUACUGUAUUUUUUAUUAAAAAAAUGUUAGGCAAUAAUUUAAUUUUUGCAUAAUUUUUAAUGAAAAAACGUUUUAAUUAAUUAAGUAUUAAUUUAAAUAAUUGAAUUUUUGAUAAACAAUAUUAAAAUUAUUAAAGAUUGAAAUGGAAUUUUAGAUGGAAAUUUAAGAAAUUAUGAAAUUUUGACCCUGGAAGCGGGAAAAUUAUUUACUUUUCAGGGAAGAGGGGGCAAAAAACUUCGCUUUUGUGGUUCACUUUUGCACCGUGUAGUAGUACAAUCAUCAAGACACCUACAUCAAAAUGAAGCACAAAGCAGCGUUAACUACUGGAUUGAAGACUGGCUGGUUCAGUGUUCCAAUUCAAUUAAACGAGACAAAAAGAAAGAGGAAAAAAGGCAAGAAAAAGAGGCGGAACAAAAUUUCAAUUUUCCUGAAUUUGAAGACGAAAACUCUGAAUAAUGGUUUUGGAAUUCAAUUUAAAUUGAAUCGAUUCGAACUGUAAUUGCUGCUUAAGGGCGACUAAGGAAAAUAUAUUUAUUAUGCAGAACGUGUUGAUAUCUAUAAUGGCUCUGAGAAUAUUAUUAUGUUAAUUCUCAAAAAAAAUAUUGAAAGGAAUCUUAAAGAGAGCUUACAAUAUAUCAACACCGAAUUAAGAAAAGUUUUCAAGGUUUGGUAGCCAUUCCGAAUUGUAUUCCAAAGGUAAUUUUGAUGACUGGUUUCUAAGAAUUCAUCUGCUCAUCUUUUGCGACCGUCGACUCCACCCUGAUUAUAAACGAGGAAUACUGGCUUUCUUUUUCAUGAAUUCUAAGAGAAUAAAGUCAGUGUUACAAUUUAAUAAAAACAUUUUUUGAAAAGUGUAUUAUUUAAAAUUUAAGGUAUUUUUAAUAAUGAAAUUUAGUCAUUAUUUUACGGAUAUUUUUAGAUGAAAGUUUUAUACAAAUUUUAUAAAACGGAAUUGUUAUGUAACAAAUUUUUGUAGAAAUUCUGGUAGAUCUUUUUAACAAUAAUUUUAUUAACCUAAAAUUCCAUUUAAGGUAAUUUAUUUCAAAUAAAUCUUCAGAUUGUUACAGUUUUCGUUUCACCGAACAUUAUAGACAAAAUUUAUGUUAAUUAAAAUAUUUAUUUAACAGAAUUAUUAUUUAUUAUAUA